UAUCGUCCAAUUUUCAGAUUAUAUCUUUCAAACUUUGAACUUUCGCUAUUUAUCGUUACUACAUUUUUAUUUUUCCACAAACAAGAUUGUCACAUCUUUGACAAUGGCGAGGCAAAAGAAGCAAAAGAAGCAGCAGCUUUCUUCCUGUGAUAGCUCGGGCUACGAAGGUGAUGACGAAGGCCACGGUUCCAGGCUUAUCAGCCCUACUUUAUUUCGUAUUACCACUUUUAUUAACCCUUUCGAUGAGACAGUCCAGGAGUUACGCCCAUGUGACCGGCGUCUAUCUUCCACUGGCAAUUUUCAGCCUGAUAUGGAUGCUCAUAUCGCUAAUACUGUUGAAGUUGAACAUGAAGCUCCUCCUCCGUUGAAAUUCAUACCGCCAAACGAUAACGCUCAGAAUUCUUCAGGUUUCGUACACAAAUUCACUCACAGUCCUACUAUAAUUAUGGGGCAGGAGAAUCAUGGAGAUGGAGACAACACUGCUGUGAAAAACAAUGGCAUUAGGGUUUACGAUAACAAGCUCAAAAGAUGCAUGAGAGCAAAAGUCCCUCUCUACAGCAGAGUUGCUAAAAGAAUGAAAGAAUUCAUAGGAGUUCAUUAUUACAAACGGACAAAUCGAUGGGAAGCUUACAUGUGGCUUAACCAUCUAGAAAGACAGCUAUGGUUUGGGCAACAUUUCAUCCCUGAAGCUGCAGCAAGAACUUCUGACAAAGCUCAACUUGUUCUACGAAAGGAUUUCGAGAUAAGGCUCAACUAUACGCAAGAUGAUUAUGACAUGGACUUUAUCCGAGAAUGGAAAGAUUUAGCGUUGGAGGAUUUAGAAAAAAUGCUCCGGGAACAAGCAAAGGAUUAUUCGGAAGGCUGCACCGUGGGUCUAAAGGAUACGGCUGCAAAUCUGCUUAGGCGCCAGAUAAUUGAGUUCAGAGAGUCCAUAGAGAGGAGAAAGAAGAUAAUUUGAUCAAGUAGUAGAUAUCGACGUAUUUGAACAACGAUUUCACUGGAUUCUAUCGAUUCAGAAAAAAAAUAUGGUUCUCUUCAUGUUCCAAAUUUCAAAGGCGCCAGCCAAGACGGUUUGGCUGGGGGCGCUCCUGUAAAUUUGUUCUUGACAAUUGCAUACCUCACCCGAAAAAACAACUGCAGCAAAAUUCACUCCAAACUGCUUGGAAUGAAUCUGUAUAUGCAAGCUUAUGAUA